AUGGAGCCAGAAUCAAUUUUGGAUUUUCGUACGGAAAAUGAAGAUAUAUUAGCUGCCCGUGCCCGCUCAGUAACCCGGGAGAAUCAAAUCCAACUGGCUAUUGUUCUUGUCGGAUCAGAGAAUCCGAAAGAAGUUGAAGAAGGUGCAGCAAUUUUAGAAGAGAUCGUCAAGGACACAAUUCACAGUGAAGAUUCCAGAGUAUGCGUUCACUAUCUGGCGCUCGCUCAUGCUCGUCUUCAGAAUUAUGACAAAUCAGUGAGACUUCUUGAUGCUUUGCUCCGUACCGAACCAUCGAACAUGCAAGCAACUGAGCUUCGAAGAGUUGUGGAAAAGAAAAUGAAACGAGAAGGACUUCUCGGAUUGGGACUACUUGGAGGAGCCGCCGCUUUGAUCGGAGGAAUCGUCAUUGCUAGCUUCGCACUCAAAAAAUGA